AUGGAAAUCAACAAUCCUGGCAUAACAGCACUGGCACAGGCCUUUGCUAUCAACCCACUGCUGAAGGUGAUAAACUUGAAUGACAACACCUUCACAGAGAAAGGAGCUGUGGCCAUGGCAGACACUCUGAAGGCACUUCGCCAGAUUGAAGUGAUCAACUUUGGGGACUGCCUGGUGCAUUCCAAGGGUGCUGCUGCUAUUGCUGAUGCUGUUAAAGAAGGACUUCAUAAAUUAAAGGAACUGAAUUUGUCUUUCUGUGAGAUCAAGCGAGAUGCUGCUCUAACAGUUGCUGAAGCUAUUGAAGAUAAGACAGAGCUGGAGAAGUUGGAUCUCAAUGGUAACUGUCUGGGAGAAGAGGUGUGUGAGCAGCUCCAUGAGAUCCUUGAAGGCUUCAAUAUGGCAUCAGUGCUGGGAUCUUUGAGUGAUGAUGAAGGGGAGGAGGAUGAUGAGGAGGAGGAGGAGGAAGAAGAGGAGGAGCAGCAGCAGCUGAAGGAGAGAGGAGCAGAAGAACAGGAGUCACUGACUCCUAAGAAGAUAAUUGAUUCACAGGCUUCAACUCCAGUGCCAUCUCCUCCUGUGGAUGUUGCCACGUUCCUUGCUUUCCCCCCAAAACCGCAGUCUCUGCGUUACAAUAGAAAGUUAGUCCAUCCACAGCCGAAAAAAACCUGCUCCUCCGUUUAUCUCCUCCCAAGUACAUUCUUCUCAUUAUCUCCACUACUCCCUACUCACACAAACCUCUCAUUUCACUUGUCCAUUUCUUCUUGUUCUUAUCUCUGUCCUCCGGGAGGAUCAACGUUUGGAAGGUUUCCAUCAUGAGGGAAACAAAAGGGUUAAAAUCAUCUUUUAUAG